GAUUCGGUGGUUCCUGAUUACCUUCUGAAAAAGAUCAAAGUUGAACCGGGUUCUGAGUCAGCUAAGGAAGGAGCUCAGGAACCCAAGAGUGUUAUGGAACUUUUGGAAUUACAGAUGCGAGCUCGGAUUAUCAAGACAAUGCUAGAAAAAGACGAUGGCAAGAAGCUCACUGAAGAUGCCAUUGCAGCGGUUAUAGGAAAUACUAAAUUGACAGAAGACCUGAGGAAAGUGGGUGAAGAGAAAGUUACAAAAGAGAGUGAAAAGAAUACUGUGUCUAAAGAGAGGAAAGAAGCAGAGACCCAACCAGAGAGAAGGAGCAGAAGCAAUAGUCGUAGAAGAGAGCACAGGCCUGAGGACAGAAGGACCAGAGGUAGAAGAAGUAACCAGGAUAAGAGAAAGAGAGACCGAAGUGGAAGUAGUAAUUACGAAGAGGACAGGAGGGUUUCCAAACAUUCCCAAGAAUCAGAUGGACAAGUGAGGAAGAAGAAAAAGAUUUCUCGCAAGGAAUUUGAGGAGCGCAUGAAGCGAGCCAAGAAGAACAGGACAUACAGGCAGCGGAAAGUUUCUGAGGAUGAAGACAAGUUAAAAGGUGCUGAGCAAGAUAAACCUGCAAAAGAACCAAAACCUAAAAAGAAGGGGACUGUGGUUACAGAGCAAAAUGGGGUAUCCAAGGAGGAGAAUAAACCAGCUGCUCCAAAGGAUGUGGCUGAUGCCAGUGAAGCUACAAAGAAAACAGAAGCCGAAGCACCUGCUGAAGUCUCAGAAAAAGAAGAAGGCGAGUGGGACAGUAAUGAAGAGGAAGAGGGAGCAUGUACACCUAGUGAUGCUUCAGGUGCAAGCGAUAAUGAAUCAUCUCCAGGUGUCAGGAGGAGGAGCUACAGCAGAAGCUGGACCAGAAGCUACAGUCCAAGUCCGUCAAGAACCCGAGGCAGAAGGAAGAGAAGGAGGAGGAGGAGUUAUAGUAGAAGUUAUAGUAGAAGCUACAGUAGAAGUAGAAGCAGAAGUAGUAGAAGUUACACCAGGAGUAGGAGUAGGUCUAGAAGUAUUGACAGGAGGAGGAGGGAUGGAGUAAGCAGUAAGAGAUUGAGUGAUGGGAGAAAUCGGGAACCAGGUAAAACAGUUAAUGUAGCUAAACCAUUAAACCAAAAACCUGUCAAAGAUGAAGAAGAAAACUGGGGCCAGAAGUGUGAUAUUGAAUUUGUUGAUUCUGAGGAAGAUUUUGAUGAGAUUGAUACAAGCAAAAAGGGAUCAACACAAUUAAAACAGAUGCCAACAACUCAUCAAACUAAUAUUAUUGAAAGAGCAAGCAUCAGCUUUUCUUUGCAAAAGAAACCUGGACCAAGCAUAAAACAAAAUGUCGACCUUGAUGAUCUGCCAUUGAAAAAUACAAGGACUAGUAGUAAUGAUGGCUCUAACCUAGCAAAUGCAGAAGCUGUUAUCGAGGAUGUGAAGUUGCGUCAGGGAAAGAAGACCGAGGAGAUUGUAAUAAGUUCAGACAGUGAAGCUGAAGAAAAGACACAGUCAGCUGCUGCUGGAGGAGGAGAAUCAGGCUCAUCACCCAAAGACAAGGCAGCAGUUGAUUUACCCAAGAAGCAUGAUCAGACAAAGUUAUUGACAAAGAAAGGAUCCAAACCAGAUAUAUCAAAUACAGAAGGAAAUAAAUCAGACAAAGUAAAUUCACCUGAGGUUGCAGAAAAAUCUCAGAAAGUGGAAAGUGAAGCUCAGAAUAAAAAUGUUCAGACCACACCAGAGACAAGUAAAUGCAAAGCAGUCAAAAACAAAACAGAAAUUUUCUCUCACAAGGAAAAUGAAACUGAUGAAGAUAAUAAUCAAGAUAACUUGAUGGAGGAUGUUAAGGGAAAAUCUGCAGAUGAAGAUGACCAAGAACAGCAGACAGAUGAAAAGACCCAUGAAGAGAAAACAGUGGAACCAUCUUCCAUAUCUAAAAAAGCCAACAGCAGCACAAAUGACGAGCAAGAAAAGGAAUCAACAGUGGAGCAGCAAGUUGAUGUUGCUGGAGAUAAAAAGAAAUUAAGAGAUGUACAGGAUCAGAAUGAUUUAGUUGGUGAUUUCAAAGAACAGGAAGAAGGAAACCGUAACUCUGAUAUCCAAAAUGAACCAGAUAACUUCCAAAAUGCUCAGAAGCACUUGAGUAGUGAUGAAAAUACAGAAAAUGGCAAGGGCAUUGGUAGUGAGGAACUUGUAAAUUUAGAUACAUUAGGAGAAAAGGCAUCAAAUGUAACUAUAAAUGAAAAUUCCAAUCUAAAAAUAUCUGAAAGUAUGACAACAGGUACAGAAAACCAUGAACAGAAUCAAGUUAAGGCAACUAUGGAUAAUGCAGAAGUUCAAGAAAGACCAAAGGAACCUGUAGAAGAUGAAACUGAGAAUUUCUACAAAGGAGCAGAACAGUUAACAUUUAGUGAUGAUAACAAGGACCAAGAACUUGAUGUUGAGGAAUUGAAAGCAGAGGACCAUAGAGUUCAGCCCAUAAGGAUUGAAACAGGCUUGAUUCGUAAGCCAGUGCUUCGACACCCAAAGAUAGAGAUGAAAGUACCUGAGAAAUCAUGGGGGAAGAAAGAGAAGAAGAAAAAGGAAAAGUCAAAGGAUGUGCUAGUAAUGGAGGGUGUAGGUUAUUUGAAAACUACAUUAUCUGAAAAUUCAGCAAGUCCCUCAUCACAAGAAAAUUCUGAAGGGACAGUGAAUGUGUGUGAGCCUGAGAAUACCAGCAAAAUUGAAGAAGCACAGGCUGAAUCUGCAGCCUCAACAAGUAAAUCAACAUCAGCAGGUGAAACGCACACUGAACAAAAUUCCCAGGAUUCCCAAGAGACCUCUCUGUCUUCGCAGGACGAUGUUGUAAGUUAUGAAGAUUAUGAACCAAAGAAUGAUUCCGAAAGCAGGAAGAAAGGAGGAAGUGAAACAGAGAUCAUAGGUGUUAUCGAAGCAAGCAAUGACCCUAGUAAUGAUCAGCUUGACUUAGACCUUGGAGGAUCCAGCUGGAGUAUGAGAUGGCUACAGAGUGAGAAAGUUCAAAAGGUGGUGACGAGCAGCAAGAUGUUGAGUCGAGUCAGAAAGAAAAUCCAAAAGAAGGACAAGGCUACUAAGGCAAGUGCCCCAGAAAAGACCGAAGAGUCUCAAAAGAAGCUUCCAGAGCCUCAAGUUUCAGUGAUAGGAAGCAUUGAAGAGUAUGAACGCUUGUUUGGCAUGAAGGUCACAAAGCCUUCAGAAGAGAGCAAGAGCACCCCAGAGAUUAACACUGCAGAGGGUACAGAACAGAAAAAUGAAGAUGUGGAAGAAGUCCCAAAGACCUCAAAAAAGGUACCUGCAUUUGGAUCUGAUGAUGAGGGUGAAGACAGCGAAGAGGAGGCUUUGUGGUCCAAAAUUAUCGGAAAAUAGGUAAUUGGGACCAUCAUGAAUUAUGAUUAAAAGGUCUCUUUCUGUAAAUUAAUAGCAAAGAACAUUAGAAUUAUACAGUUGUAAUACAGUGCAUCAGUAUCUUUUAGGCACAGCAAUCCCUUUUCUUAACAUUUUAUUUAUUUUGUAAUCAAAUGAGAUAAUAUUUUUGUGAACAAUUUUGUUGAUAGCUUUCUUUAUUUUGUAAAUAAAUUUUAGGCUUGUUUUUGGAUGACCUUUGACUAAGUUUGUGUGUAUGUAGGAUGGAUUAAUGAAUGUAGGACUGUAUUUUUGCAUAUUUAUUCAUAUACAUAUGAGUCAGUCUGUGUGUGUGUGUGUAUUUAUGUGUAUGUGUGUCAUUUUUUUUUUUUUUUUUUUUUUCUGUGGCAAUAAACUGUUAUUUAAUUAAUAUUACCAAGUAUAAUUUUGUUUGAACAUAACCAUGUAAUUAAGUUACAGUAGUUAUGUCAGCUAUUCAUGUAAUAAAUUUUGAAUUUUUGUGAAAUGUAUCAAUUGGAAUAUUAAAAGUUGUCACUAUAUUUAUUUUUCUCUCCAUUCUACAAACACAAAUAUCAUACAUAUUUGACAGCAUAUAAGAUGCAUUAUCAUUGUAAGUGGGCCCCAUUUCUGCAAGGCAUAUUCAAGGGAAAAAUGUCUGUGUAUUUAAAAACGUAAUGUUAUAGCAAGCCAGCAGUUCAUAACACUAGAGCAAACAAAAAACAACAUAAAAACACCAUAGAUGUAGCAGUAAACAUA